UGCACGGCUCCUCGCCCCGGAGCAUGCGCGAGAGCCGCCCCGGAGCCCCCCGCCGCCCCGCCCGCGGCGCCCCGCGCCCCGCCGCCAGCGCACCCCCGGACGCUAUGGCCCACCUCUCCGGCUGGCCCUGCGUGUAGGAUGGUAGCACACAACCAGGUGGCAGCCGACAAUGCAAUCUCCACGACAGCAGAGCCCCGACGGCGGCCAGAGCCUUCCUCCACCUCCUCCUCUUCCACGCCCGUGGUCCCGGCGCGCGCGCGGCCCUGCCCAGCGGCCCUGGCCCCGGCUCCGGUCCCGUCCCCGGCCCCAGGCGACACACACUUCCGCACGUUUCGCUCGCACGCCGAUUACCGGCGCAUCACCCGGGCCAGCGCGCUCCUCGACGCCAGCGGCUUCUACUGGGGACCUUUGAGUGUGCACGGGGCGCACGAGCGGCUGCGCGCUGAACCCGUAGGAACCUUCCUGGUGCGCGACAGCCGCCAGCGGAACUGCUUCUUCGCCCUCAGCGUGAAGAUGGCCUCGGGCCCUACGAGUAUCCGCGUGCAUUUCCAGGCAGGCCGCUUCCACCUGGACGGCAGCCGUGAGAGCUUCGACUGCCUCUUCGAGCUGCUGGAGCACUACGUGGCGGCGCCGCGCCGCAUGCUGGGGGCCCCGCUGCGCCAGCGCCGCGUGCGGCCGCUGCAGGAGCUGUGCCGCCAGCGCAUCGUGGCCACCGUGGGCCGCGAGAACCUGGCGCGCAUCCCCCUCAACCCGGUCCUCCGCGACUACUUGAGCUCCUUCCCCUUCCAGAUCUGACCGGCUGCGCCCGCCGAGCACGCAGCAUUAACUGAGGCGCCUUGCUGUUAUUUCCUAUUAUUAUUAUUAUUUGCCUGGAACCACAUGAGUGUCCUCCCCGCCUGGGCUGGAGGGAGCGGGUGUGGAGGGUGAGGUGCCACCCGCUCUUUGGAGUCGAGGCUACAGUCCCCUCCCCACUUGUUGGGGGGCUAAUCCCCUCCUGGUGCUCCCUCUGGUCCCCUGGUUGCUGCAGCAGCUUAACUGUAUGUGGGGCCAGAACCUUAACUCCCAUCUCCUACCUCUUCAUGUUUACAUAUAACCCAGUAUCUUUGCACAAACCAGGGGUUUGGGGAGGGUCUCUGGCUUGAUUUUUCUGCUGUGCAGAAUCCUAUUUUAUAUUUUUUACAACCAGUUUAGGUAAUAAACUUUAUUAUGAAAGUUUUUUU